GCCGAGAUGACGUAUACACCAACAGUGUACUGACCUGCCUCGGAGUGUACUCCGUGGACGCGAGCGAGGUGGCGGAGGCUGCGAGAGACGCUUUAGAGGCACAUUUGGAUAAAGAUCUUGGCGCCAGAUUUGCAGAAUGCUUCCUAUUGGCCGUAUACUUACCCGCACACACGGACAAGCCGCCAGACGUGUGUGGGUGCGUGUCGGCGUUACUAGGAAUGCUGUUCGGCGGGGUGCGGGGCGCGGAGGGGUUCAAGGAGAUACGACUGAGAGAGGAGCCUCUACCAGUCAGGGAAGAACCAGGUUCGAGAUUGCUGACGCUCAGCAAAACGUUCCAAGGCACGUUCGGGAGCUACAGCGCAACGAGGGGACGGACAAACACACGCGGCACUCCCAGUACUGUUAGAUCAGACGCUAACAAUUCGGCGAUUGACGUUCAAAUACCGGUCGAUAGUAUACUGCAAACGCUGCUCGAUUUCGCUAAGACAUCGACCGAUGCAGCUCGCUGCCUACUCGCAGAAGUACUGCGCUCCGUUCUCUCAAACACCAAAUUCGAUGUGGCGUCUACACUGGUCCCACUGUUGGGCACAUUGCUGGGCCGAGAGCCCACAGACCUCACGCCGGUGUAUAUAGACGUGUGUAGAGUGUUAGAAGGGAGAGUGGGCUUUGUUUUAUCAAACACCAAAUUCGAUGUGGCGUCUACACUAGUCCCACUGUUGGGCACAUUGCUGGGCCGAGAGCCCACGGACCUCACGCCGGUGUAUAUAGACGUGUGUAGAGUGUUAGAAGGGAGAGUGGGUCUUCUCGCCCCUGUGGAGAGGCUCCGGACGCUUACAUCUGGCACAGAAGGAGCUGCCUUGUCGAGACUUUUAUACGAAGACGUCGCUAUGAGGUGUUUGGGAGACGCCAUGUUCCAACUAGGACAGCCAGAGGACAUCCAAGAUGAGGUUAUGAAUGAGGCUUCAACGUUUUCCAUUGAAGACCUGAAAAAGGCUUUUGGAAAGCUGUCGAAUUGGGAUGAUCUUACCCUGCAGCAACGCAGAGCGGUCAGGGGCACCCUUCCCCCCCUCUGGACCGACAGGAGGGAUUUCAACACCUUACUGGACUCCUAUGAAGUGCCAGAAACCGCGGGGAGCUGGUUCGACAAGAUGGCCGCCGCGCUUAAACAACAAUCUGUCAACUGCUGGCGCUGGCUGAGAAGAGCCGAUCAGUGGCCGCGGAGGCACUUCGAGAUAUCUGCCAUAGCAGAGGCGUUGUCAUGGCAACACGAUCCUGCCGAAACUAUGCCCUCACAGCUCUUUAAGACCUCCGACUGCCUCGCAGAAAGUGCCGCCAGACUUAUGAUCAGAUCGUCAUAUUACAACUCGCUCCAACUUAGCGAAAGAGAUGACAAGACAAGCAAGCUGUCCCGCUCGCACGAGUUGAGAUGGUGCAUGCGAGCGAACGAGAUGGGCAUACCGAACAUAGCGCUGCAAUGCGUUGAGAGGAACGUAGAAGAGCUGAGCGGGGUCGAGACGCUGGCUUGGUUGAGACAGAAGCUACUAGCGCUCCGGCAAACGGCGCUGGAGCGGGCAAACUCGGAACUUCUGCGGGACGCACUGAUGAAAGCGGGUCAGUAUCUUAACUACAUAUUGCAGAGAGCUGAGCGGGGUCGAGACGCUGGCUUGGUUGAGACAGAAGCUACUAGCGCUCCGGCAAACGGCGCUGGAGCGGGCAAACUCGGAACUUCUGCGGGACGCACUGAUGAAAGCGGAGAGCUGAGCGGGGUCGAGACGCUGGCUUGGUUGAGACGGAAGCUACUAGCGCUCCGGCAAACGGCGCUGGAGCGGGCAAACUCGGAACUUCUGCGGGACGCACUGAUGAAAGCGGAGAGCUGA